CCGGUGACCUGCGCUGGUCGGCGGCGCUGUCCGGGUGGCGUUCUGUUCGUGAUUUAGGUUUUGAAACGUGGCAGCUAAGUCCUUAAAAAUACCUGUAUACGGUUUUUAGCUUUAUUUCGUACCACUUUUUAAGGAAGUGAAUUGUGAAUGGGACUGGGCGCAUGAAAUGAGUGAGUCAUUCUAUCGAAAUUCGAAAGAUGUCUAUCAGUCGUCUGGUGCAUCCGCGAGCGCCGGGAGCGCCCAGAAAGCUUCUUCGACCCCGGCAGCUGCCCUCUCCGAGUCGACCAGCAGCAGCAGCAGCAGCCGCAGCCGCAGCAGCCGCAGCAGCAGCAGCAGCCGCAGCAGCAGCAGCAGCAGCAGCAGCAGCAGCAGUGACAGCAGCGCAGCAGGCGCCGACGGCUGCAGCGGUCAGCAUGGCGACUCCACGGCGUGUGCAGCGGACUCCAUCCCCGCCGUCCCGGUAAAUGACCGGAGAGGUGCAAAUGUGGCUGGAAAACGGGCGUCUACGUAUGUGUCGUCUAACGGGUCUGUCGAUGACACGAGAAGGCUCCCGUCUGACAGCAGUCGUGCGACCGACGGUGCAGCCUCUCGCGAUGGCUGCGACCACAGCCAGAGCUCUCUGGGAGGUGUGGAGAGGACCGAUGCCGUCGAGGCCUCUCAUGCUUACCCUCAAUGGAGACACGUAGCCGAGCAGGAUCAUCCGGUUGUCAGAGACGGUCUAACUGAGGCUCACAGGCAACUCGUGCGUUCCUCCUCCGUGAGCGCAUCCUGGCCUCCGUGGAUCACCCGAGAGGACGGCCGCACCGCUGAGGAGAACGGAUGGGAGGACGAGCCGAGGACUCUGCAGCCAGAGUCGUACCGCUCCUCCGCUCCGGAACUGAACCAGGACGCCGCCUCCUCCACCCACACUCUGUCCUCGGACAGCCGGUCUCUGACUAUCGUCACUGACGAGUCGCUACCAGAAACCGACCUCAGCUCGUCCUCGGAGGAGACCACAGUUCGAGAGGAGCCGGGCUCGGGGGAUAGCUCGAUCCUGGCCGCUGGAGAUGAUUCAACGGCGCGACGUCCGUCUGCAAUCCGGGCUCCGAACAUCUCUGCUCAGGCCCGGGACAGCGGAACAGAGCCACGGACAGGACUCAACGGACGGCAGUCGGAUGAAGGAAGGAAUAACGCUGGCGGCGCUCAGCAGGGACGGGUUAAUGACGGCAGCGGCACACCUGGCGGAGACAGGGGUACAGUCAACGCACAAGGUGAAAAUUAUCAUGGCGAUGAAGACCAAAAUGGAGCACGUUUGGAAGACGAUAGCCUUAGGCAUCAAAACGGUGACUCUGGAAACACAAAUAGGAUGGGAUAUAACGACCUAGAUGCUGUUUAUCGGAGUCAUUUCGGUUCGAUCCAAGGAAGACAGGCCCUUACCAACUCGAGACCAGAGAGACCGGAACUCGGCGGCUAUGAGUGUUACCCGUCAAAUAGCACGGAACUGAUUUACCAUGAGGCGAGGCAUUCCGGAACGGCGAAUAUUGUGGGAAGGAACUACGGCAGCUUCUUUCGGGAUGGUCACAGUGGCUUCAUGUGGGCUUAUGAUGCCGUCGAACCAACCGGUGACUUCCCGAGUCAUUUGGUCACCAUCCACAGCGAAUCGAGCCCAGUUCCCGUGCAAAUCCGCAGCGGGACAAACCAUCCCCCCGGGCCGAACCACGAGAAACUGAGUAAUGUCGGACCAAGCCACGCUGGACCUAGCCACGUCGAACCAAGCCACAUCGGAUCUAGCCACUCAGGACCUAGCCAGCUCGAGCCCAGUCACAUGCUGCUCAACCACGCCGGGUCGAGUAGUGUGGGUGUAGCUUACACCGAGUUCAAUGCCAGACCAAGUUAUGCCGAACCGAGCAACUACGAACCAAGCCACGUCACUCUUAGCCGCACCGAGCCAAGUAACGCAGGACCAGAUCACCACGGACCGAGUCACGCUGAACCGAGCGGUGUCUGGGCUCCGCACACUGACCAGAGCCACCAAGGAGCGGGGUACGGGGCCGUGAGUCGACCUCUGACGACCCCGGUGACCUCCGACAGCAGUGAGACGUCCAGCAGCGGCACCCCCGGCCUGGUCAUCGUCACCGAUGAGGAAGAGGGAGAGGAGGGAGAGGAGGUGGAUGUGGAAGCCGGUGAGGGAGCGAAUAGCGCCGACCUCGCUCGCUGGAGGGUCGCCGCCGCCGACUCAGCGCUCGUCGCUGGCGAUGAGGUAUCGCGGACAUGCGGAAACUGCGGCACCUCAGGACGGGAAGUAACCUUUAUCAAGAUACAAGGCGUACCGCACUGUUUAGCGUGCUACAAGUACAAGAGACGCAGGGGAAGCCACCGACCCCAGUAUCUAUGGAACAGGCCAAGGUCAAACAGAGUCGCAACGAGCAAGUCACCAGGCCGUUCCGGGAAGAAUGAAACCGAGGCGUCUUCUCGACAACGAACACUUAAACGAAAACAAACGCCUCAACAGCCAAUAGCUCAACAACAACAAUCACCUCCUCGAGAACAGGCACUCACGGCGCCAUCUGUACGGGUUCGAGUGGUGUCCCCAUCGCUGAACUUCUACGGCAGCACAGGUGGCAGUGAGCCGAGACAAGAUCGAGGAGCCGCCCGUCGCUCGGAUUCAUCUCCCAGUGGCGGACCUCGCAGCCGUCAGCCGAGAGACGGGCAGCAACAUGAACUUCAGGGCAACCAACAACCGUCCAAUGGACAGGAAAACGGGACGAACGGGACAUCAGGCAGCGAACCACCGGGUGGUCGACAGCACGACAUAGCACGUCAGGCCAACGGACAGCGUGUCAUCGGAGCACAGGAAAACGAACAACAGCUUGCCAUUCAAGGGCCGCAGGACAACGGACACCAAAAUCAAGCCCGUCAGAACAACGGGGAACGGGGCUUUGGCAGGCAUGAGCGCCAUGGGCCAUGGCGACAGGACGUCCGACAGGAGCUGGAGGGCAACGAUGGACAAAAUAUCGCACAACAGGUCAUCAGACAACGGAUCAGACAACGGAUCAGACAACGGAAUAUCGCUCCUCAGGGCAGCGCAGAUCAGGUCGUCGCACAUCAGGGCAGAGCACAUCAGGGCAGCGCACACCAGGGCUUCGCGGAUCAGUUCGCCGCUCAUCAGGGCUGCAGACCACGGACUGUUCGCCAGGAUGGUCAUGGGGGCAGAGAAUCUGGGCAACAAAGCCAUGAACAGCAGGGUAGUGGACACCGUGACAGCAGCUCCCGAAGGAACGGGUCUUGCGACUAUAUGUUCCAGAACAUCGGCGAGCGAAGUCACGAGAGACGAGACACCGAACAGCAGAGUCGCGAGCGACAGGGCGAUGGAAAGCCGAGCCAUGAGCAGCAUGAUUUCGAGCAGCAUGAUGACGGGAAGGACACCGGACAAGAAAUCUGCGAAGAAAACGUCAAACAAGAAGAAUGUGAAAUACAGGAGAGUGAGCAACACGAUGUGAACAGCCAACAGCCCAGUCAGCAUCACGAACAGAAAUACGAAGAUCAGGACGAAAAACCUAGACGCGCCGCAGACCACGACGAAGAACCUAGGCACGCCGAUGGUCAAAACGUACAGCCAGGGCGCGCUUAUGGUCAAGACGAGCAGCCCAAGCGCGCCGAAGGUCAAGGCGAACAGCUCAGGCGCGCCGAAAAUCCGGACGAAGCACCUAGGCGGCCCGAUCCAGGCGUCCAUCCCGCCGCUGAGCAGGCGCCGAACCGGUGUCAAAUUUUCUGCCGGGGCCAAGAAGAUGACUUACUUGAAUUAUGGCGGAACGAUAUGCUACGACAGCAUGGGAGGCUGCCGCUGUGGGAUGCACCGGAUCCAUGGGAGAGAAAAUUCCUCCAUACGCUGCCGUGGGGGCUGCCGAUGCCGCCUAUGCCACCGUAUGGGCUGCCCCCGCGGCCGGGGGAUCCGCCUAUGUCACCGUGGGGGAUCGAUCGGCGGAUAAGCUGCGGGCGUAACGACAGACGGCUGCGAAGGUGGGAGCCUCACGACCGGCCGCUGCGACAGUGGGAAGUUCGUCACCCGCUGUGGCAGCUGAGUGGGGCAGAGCACCAGCCACUGUGGCCGCAGGGAAGGGCUGACGGCCAGCAGCCGCCGACGGGAGCUGAGGGUCAGAUGUGGCCGCCGAGGGAAGCUAAGGGUCAGCAGACGCGAGGCGUGCAACUGUGCCAGUGUCCCGAACAGAUAGAAUUGCUGGCCAGGAAUCUGCAACGGCAGGUGCUGCGACUGGAGAACGAGUUGCUGGGAAUGAAUCACAGGAUUGAAGCCGAGGACCACGCAGGAGACGCUGAGCAAGAGGCGAGUGAUGUUGAGCUAAAACCGAGAGACGCCGGGGAAGGGGCAAGAAGCGCCGUGAAAGCGACAGGAGGCACCGAACAGGAUGCAAAAGACGCUGAGCAAGAAGCCAGAGGCGCCGAGCAACAGGCUAGAGACGCUGAAUGACCCGAUGCUGAUGUUCGCGACGUACCUGACGACGGCGCAAGGGAUAUCGUCCAACUAUCGCACGGCCCGUAACGUCGAUGUUUUCGCAGCCAUGACGGCGACGACUGUGACCUAGGAUAGGUCUGGACUGCGGGAAACUCCAGACUGUUGCUCAUAUUUUUAGAUGAACAUUUCGCUUGGAUUCCUUUGGGCUUUUCCUCCUUUCAUCUUGGCGCGAUCUUUCAAUCUCAUUCUUUUAACAAACCAAGCUUCAAAGUUUCUCAGUUUUAGUUUAUGACUCAUGCGACCAAUAGAAGUUUGAUCACGAUACAGAGCUCCGCAGUUCGCCGCCGUGUGUCGAUGAUGUGGAAUGUUUUCGGGGAACCACUUUCGAGCGGCAACUGCUCAAAUAAAACAUUUUUAUGCCUGUACUGAAGCAACGUUCGUGUGCGUUGGAAAAUGUAUCCACUGUCGGCAAUAAACGGGUACCACAUCACGGAA